AUACUAGCUAGAAUAUAGAUCUACGGAGUAAACAAACAGUGACAGUCAAGAAAAGAAUGAAUGGGUAUAAUUCAAAUAAUAUGCCAGAGAUAUCAAACCAUUUUGAGGAGAAUGGGCAGCAAGAUCACUUGCUUGAUGAUGACAGAAAGCUAAUACUAUUCAACACUUCAAAAAAGGAGAUGUUCACUCCCAGUACUGGAUUCAAGCUAAUACACAGCAGGUUGAAGGUUCACUGGACAGUCAGACAGCAGAGGGACGAGAUCACUUUUGAUAGACUCAAAAUGGCUGCUCUCAUAAUAUUUGGUUUGCCGAGAGAAAAGUUCUCACUAGCUGAGUUCAAUGCUCUACGUAGCUACAUCAGUAGUGGGGGGUGUGUCCUUCUCUUAAUGAGCGAAGGAGGAGAGAAGGAAUGUAACAUCAACUUUUUACUGGAAGAAUUCGGAAUAUUACUUAAUAAUGAUUCAGUAGUGAGGAGUGUUUAUCACAAGUUCUUACAUCCAAAGGAAUCUUUUAUAGCAAACGGAAUAUUAAAUAGGUCAAUAAUUAAUGCAGCAUCAAGUGGAUCAGAAGAUGUAAAUGAUUAUGAAAUGAACAGACACUCGACUGUAUUCCAGUCAGUCCCAUUUGUGUAUCCAUAUGGAGGGACACUGACUGUACAGAAACCAGCAGUGGCAGUGUUAUCAUCAGGGGCCACUUCUUAUCCAUUGAACAGACCAAUCUGUGCUCUCUGUACUGCUGGGCAGUCUGGUAAACUAGCUGUGGUUGGAUCAGCUCAAAUGUUUUCUGAUAGUUUUAUACACAAAGAAAGGAAUGAGACAAUAUUCAAUGUUAUAAUUCAGUGGCUGACAACUGAUGAAUUGCAAUUGAAUCAAAUUGAUGCUGAUGACCCAGAGAUUUCUGACUUUCACUUGCAACCUGACAUUGGUAAAGCUUCAGAAAAAUUAAGGACUUGCUUACAAGAAAGUGACGAGAUCCCGUCAGACUUCACAUCUUUGUUCCAUUCUCAACAAUACUCACUAGACACACGACUACUGCCUCAAGUUAUCAAAUCUUACGAUAAACUUCACUUGAAACACGAGCCUCUUUCCCUCAUCACUCCUCAGUUUGAGACGCCCCUCCCUCCACUACAACCAGCAGUAUUCCCUCCUUCCUUCCAUGAGCCUCCUCCUCCAGCUCUGGACCUCUUUGAUCUUGACGAGUGCUUCUCCUCCGAGAGAGUACGACUAUCACAACUUACUAACAAAUGUACUGAAGACGAUUUAGAGUUUUAUGUACGAGAGUCAGGGGCCAUACUGGGCAUCACUAGGGAACUACCUGAGGACUGCCGGACUGCUAAGGAUAUCGUCAGCUAUAUAGUGUCUCACAUCACUGAAUACAAGAAACCAGCACUGGAUCCCCCAGGAUUAAUAUCACCAAGUUAACUAAUUAAAAAUUUCUCAAACAAAUAACUAUUACUAUUAUUAUUAUUAUGUACACAGCAAACAUUAA